CCCCUUGAGCAGAGGAAGGGUUCGAUUGAGAAAUGGCUGAGGUGAAGCCUGAGGAUAUGGUCCAUCAUCCACCCAUGGAUCAGCUGCAGGGGUUUGAGUACUGCAUAGACUCUAAUCCUUCUUGGGGGGAGGCAAUUGCUUUGGGAUUCCAGCAUUACAUACUGUCCUUGGGCACUGCUGUGAUGAUCCCCACAAUGUUGGUUCCUCUUAUGGGUGGAAAUGAUCAUGACAAGGCAAAAGUGGUUCAAACACUGCUAUUUGUCACUGGGAUAAAUACACUGCUCCAGACACUAUUCGGCACUCGCCUUCCCACUGUCAUUGGCGGUUCAUAUGCAUAUGUUGUUCCGGUCCUCUCCAUAAUCCAUGAUCGCUCGCUCACACAAAUAGCUGAUGGCCAUACUAGGUUCGUGCAGACAAUGAGAGCCAUACAGGGGGCAUUGAUAGUCUCGUCAAGCAUUCAGAUAAUUCUUGGCUAUAGCCAGCUGUGGGCAAUAUGCUCUAGGUUCUUUAGCCCACUUGGGAUGGUUCCAGUGGUUUCAUUGGUGGGGCUUGGCCUUUUCGAGAGAGGAUUCCCACUGAUUGGGAGCUGCGUGGAGAUUGGCCUGCCGAUGCUUAUCCUAUUUGUUGCUCUUUCCCAAUAUCUCAAGCAUGUACAUGUUCGGCAUGUUCCGGUUAUGGAGAGGUUCUCAAUGCUGGUGUGCAUCGCUCUUGUCUGGGUCUAUGCCCACAUUCUAACAGCAAGUGGUGCGUACAAGCAUACUGCACUUGUCACCCAGAUCAGUUGUCAGACAGACCGUUCCAACCUCAUCUCUUCCGCGUUAUGGAUAAGCAUUCCAUACCCAUUGCAAUGGGGCCCACCAACAUUCAAUGCAGACCAUGCAUUUGGCAUGAUGGCCGCAGUAAUGGUGUCUCUUAUAGAGACAACUGGUGCAUUCAAGGCUGCUGCCCGGUUGGCAAGUGCGACACCCCCACCAGCAUAUGUUCUGAGUAGAGGUAUCGGAUGGCAGGGAAUUGGUACCCUACUGGAUGGGCUAUUCGGCACUGGGACUGGCUCUACGGUAUCUAUUGAGAAUGUUGGUCUUCUAGGAUCUACAAGGAUUGGUAGCAGGAGAGUGAUACAGAUUUCUGCUGGUUUCAUGAUCUUCUUCUCCAUACUAGGAAAAUUCGGAGCACUUUUUGCAUCCAUUCCUUUCACAAUAUUCUCUGCCAUAUACUGCGUUAUGUUUGGUAUUAUUGCGGCCGUGGGGCUAUCCUUUCUGCAGUUCACCAACAUGAACUCUAUGCGCAACCUCUUCAUUGUUGGUGUUUCACUCUUUCUUGGCUUAUCUAUACCGGAAUACUUUUCUCGGUAUAUGACGAGUUCUCGGUCAGGCCCAGCACACACAAAGGCUGAAUGGUUCAACGACUACAUCAACACCAUCUUCGCGUCGCCCCCAACUGUCGCUCUUAUUAUUGCUGUACUCCUUGACAACACGCUCGAUGUCAGAGAUGCGGCAAAGGACAGGGGGAUGUCAUGGUGGGCGCGAUUCCGAACAUACCGAGGGGACAGCAGGAACGAAGAGUUCUACACCCUGCCAUUCAAUCUCAACAGGUUCUUCCCACCAUCUUGAGCAGAAGCUUCCAAGGAACGGGUAAUGCAUUCAAAGCACCAAAGGAAGCAAUCGUUGCAUUUCAGAUUUGCAGUGUCGUCUGCCUUUGAUAGAGUAGAUGAAGAGAAGAUAAAAUGAGGAUGCCGCUUAACUUAGUAGCAAGGAUGGAGGAAUUUUCCUUCCAGUUGUCGAUUGUACAUAGACCUUAGUUUUUGAAAUCAAGAAUUUUGAAUUUGCUCUA